AUGGACCUCUUGGAUAGCAUUUCCAGUCUCCCCACCGACCUGCCGUCGCUCUUCCUCGAUCUCCAGGGCAACAACCUGUGCCGACACGGAACGAUUUCCCUGCUCACCCUCUUCGUCGCUCCCGAGCAGCACGCCUACAUCAUCGACGUGCAGAAGCUGGAAGCCGGCGCCUUCACCACCACGUACGGCCCGGGCGUGACGACGCUGCGCGGGAUCCUCGAAUCGCCACGCAUCCCCAAAGUCUUCUUCGACCUGCGCAACGCCGCCGACGCGCUGUACGCGCACUUCCGCAUCGGGCUGCAGAACGUGCAGGACGUGCAGCUCAUGGAGAACGCGUCGCGGCCGGGCUACGUCUUCUCCAAGCGCUACCUGCACAGCCUGGCCAAGUGCGUGCAGGCGGACAACGAGCUCAGCCCCCGGCAGCGGUCGGCGUGGAUCAUCGCGCAGAGCAAAAUGUCCGCCCUCUUGGACGCCACCCGCGGCGGCACGUGCCCGCUCUUCCACCGCCGGCCGCUGCGCCCGGACGUGGUGGAGUUCUGCCUGCAGAAUGUCUGGGUGCUGCCGCAUCUGCGGCGCUUCUAUUGGAGGAAAUUGGAAAUCGAAUGGAAGCGCAAGGUCGUCGAGGAGACGCGCAAGCGGCUGCUACACUCGCAGAGUGCGUUUUACGAGCCGCAUGGGGAGCAGAGGUGUCUCGGGCCGUGGCAGGCGACGGCGCCGGAGAAUGUGGUGUUUACGAAUUACGAGGAGGUUCUGGAGACGCAUCGGUUGCUCGGGGAGGAGCGGCGGGUGGGGAGGAGUUAUCUGGAGGAUGAGAGUAGUAGUGGUAGUAGUAGUAGUAGUAGUAGUAGUAGUAGUAGUAGUAGUAGUAGUAGUAGUAGUAGUAGUAGUAGUAGUAGUAGUAGUAGUGGUGGUGGUGGUAGUGUUGGUUCUAGUGAGGACGACGAGGGGCCGCCGCCGCCGGCGAAGGGCAGUCCGAGGCGUUGGAAGAUGUUGCCGUCUCUCCCGAAGGAGGAGUUGGAGCUCGGCGUUGGGUGGCUGGAAGAGAUGAGAUGA